AUGUCCAAUGUCCACAAAAUCGCUGUGGCCACCACCAGUCGGGACAUACACUUUUUUGAUGUCUCCACUAUGAACAUAUUUGAAGAGUUUCAUUUAUAUGGUACGGGAGCUUUCAGAGAUUCUCUUUCAGACUUAGAGGAAGAAUUUUAAAAGUCUUUACAAAACAAAAAGAAAGUCUAGGCACUAAAAAAAAAGCAAUCACCCCCCCAAAAAUAAAUAUAUUAUUCCUAUUGAUCCCAACUGUCACGCUCUGCACUUUUUAAUAUCAUGUUUUGUUUUUAUUUCUCCUUCUCAUUUGCAUUGUGUGCCUUGGUUGUGCCUCGAUUUAAAUUGUGAGGAUGUUAUUUGAUACAUUGUUUUUAUGAAACAGAAACAAAAAUUGAGCAUCACGUGAAAACAAGACACAAGUAAUGGGUGAAUGUCAAUGUUUUAUAUAAUGAUAUAAUUUAAUAUAAAAGUGACUGGACUCCUUGACACCUUUUCAUGUGUGUUUAUUUUUACAAUAAAGAUGUAAAGAUGUUAAUUGCUUAUUUUAAUUAUUGUUCUUUACAGGUUUAAGUGAUGUUCCAACCUGCUUUGGCUAUUGGUAUAAUGUAAAGGUAUUGUAUGAACACUGAGCACCUUUAGGGCAUUUUCAAACUGUACUCAUACCCUACAGCUCUCGUCCAAGUGACUGCCAAUCUUUGAUAAAUACUAGGCUUUUCAUCCUAACGCAUGAUAGAGCAUCUGUGCCGCAGUGUUUUCUGGGAAAUAUUCAAAAACACAAAUAUCUGUAUCUUUCUACUAAGAGGAGACAGAAUGGUGGUGCUAGUGUUGCAAGUGGCUAACUUUGUGCAGCCAGCUUGAUUCUGUUGUCAGGAUAUGAUGCCUCCUCGGGUCAUAUGUGCUUGGAGUCUCUCUUUAACAAGACAGAGAGACACAGAUAGUGUUUGCUUAACCAAGAAAUGUGUCUGAAAAUUGAAUUGAAAUCUGGAAAGGUAGCUAAAUAUAUUUUUUUCAGAGGAAUAAUGUGUUUGCAUUUUUUGUUUUGUAAUGUCUGCAUAAUUCCCAGUAUAGUGAAUAUACUCCACUAUGUUUACUAUUUGUUUUAUAACAUAAGGUCGAUCCCCUGUACAAUUUUGGAAGUAUCACGGAAUGCAUGUAGUUUGUAUCAGACAUAGAACACCCAAUUUUUUUUUUUUUUACUAUGUCUAAUCUAGAUUCUGAACCCCCACCCUUCGUAGUGUAAAGCUAAACUAUUGGUGCUCAUGGUGGGCUUACCAACGUGUAUUUUUCUGUAGUCUCCUGGAGAAUGCUCACUCCUUCUUUGGGGAGACGACAGCGGAGGAAUUAAUCUACUACGGUUUCUGAAACCAAACUCUGGCGUGUUUGAGAGAACCUUUACCCAGCAGCCGGGUCCCCACAAAAUCUAUAUGCAGGUAAUUAAAUGCAGGUUCAAGUAAUAUAUCUCUCUCUUUCUCUCUCUCUCUAUAUAUAUAUAUAUUUACUGUAAGAUCGUUUAAACCUAUUAAGGAGUAGGGGUGUACACAAAUUAGUGCAGAAAGUAAUUGCACUCAAGGACUCGAACUCAUUUUGUUUUUAACCAGAGAAGGCUGGCUGAGAGUGAUGGGAAUUUCAACAUUAUAGCAUUAGGAAUACAAAACUGUAUUGCUAAUGCUACAGUGUCCAGCUACCUAUAACUAUAGGUCUGCCCCCCCCAGGUCAAUAUAGUAUUAAUAACCCUUUUCUCACUUACCUGUUUGCAGAGGUAAGUCUCCUCCUCCUGGUCACGGUGAUAAGGGAACAUAAAGUGCAUGUGCACUGCACAGAGCGUUAUGAUAUCCAACAUUGUUUUACAGAGUUAAACUCCAUGAAAGGCCAGGAAUUGUCUGGCUACUGUGCUGUGAGGCAGCAGUCCACAAGCCUCUCUGUACCAGUGUCCCCCUUGCCAGCCUUUCCUAAUUGUGAUAAUGCAUGCCAAUACAAUGUCAUCUUAAAGUGUCACUCCAAGGACCACGACUACGUCAAUGAUUAGAAGUGCUCAUGGAGCCUGAAAUCUGUUUGUACAGAAUUACACUAUGAAAGAAUGCAUGUACAGAGAUUAAACCCUUAGCAGCCUUAGCUUCAUUAGCCAGCCCAGAAAUUGGUUCUGGCUAGUGAUGUCCCGAAUGGUUCGCCGAACGGUUCGCGAACGGUUCGCCACGGACUCAUCAUUGAGUAAACUUUGACCCUGUACCUCACAGUCAGCAGACACAUUCCAGCCAAUCAGCAGCAGACCCUCCCUCCCAGAUCCUCCCACCUCCUGGACAGCAUCCAUUUUGAAGCCGCAUUCUUAGUGAGCUGUCUAGGAGGUGGGAGGGUCUGGGAGGCAGGGUCUGCUGCUGAUUGGCUGGAAUGUGUCUGCUGACUGUGAGGUACAGGGUCAAAGUUUACUCAAUGAUGAGUCCGUGGCGAACCGUUCGUGGCGAACCAUUCGGGACAUCACUAGUUCUGGAUAAUGUCAGUUAUGUGCAAAGUUGGCAACUGACGCCAGUGCACAUGUCCCUUCUGUGCUCCCUGACCUCCCUCCCCCUCCAGCAAAGAAUAACAUCCAUGAAGGCUUACCAAGCUCAGGGAGAAUUGGCCUCAGUGCUGGAUAAUUUUUUAAAAAGUAAACCUUUUUGGGGGGCGCAAGGGGAAUUUUUUUUUUUUUUAUCAAGAGAUUUUGGAUUGAGCAUUAAAGCAUUGUUUUGUUGUGUUGUUUUAAAACUUAGGACUUAAAAGAUCACAGUAGCCUUCUUAACUACCAAGCCAUUCCCAAUGUGCACCCAGAAGCCAUCACCAAACUCCAAUAUAUCCCGGAACAGGAACUCCUCAUCACAUCGGCAGGCAGUUCUACCUCCUCCAUAGUCAUCAUGGACAUCCACCAGAAAGGAAAGGUCUACACCUGGAACAUUAGCAAGGUUUGCUGUGGCCACCUGAAGGUUUAUUUAAUAAAGAGCGAAAGCUAGAGUCUGUUUACAACCAGUAUGUAUUCCAAAAUAGUUAAGAAGGAAAAUAUCUCCUACCUGAGUAGUUAAAGAUGUGUGGGGGGCAGCUAAAUUUUGCAGGAUGGUUAUAAACUCACAUGACUCACAUUGUUUAGUAAACAAACCCUGGCUUAUUAAAUAGCAAUAAUCUGAUAAGCACAUAUUAAACGGUUAUUCAGAGCUAUCCAUCUUUUGAUUAGGGUGUCCGAUGCUUCGACUAUUCCAAGACAAUGAACUUGCUCGUUACCGGGGGCCUAGAUCACAAGGUUAGACUAUGGAAUAAGUAUGUCCCAAGUCGACCGAUUGCAGUACUACCAGAGCACACCAUGGCAAUUCUGGAUGUGGCCAUUUAUGAACCCCUGAGACAGAUAUUCAGCUACUCCAAAGACUCGGUACGUGGUUUUCUUACCAAUUUUUCAGUAAGGCCUCAUAACAAAUGGGCUAUCUACAAAGAAGUGAAUGUGAUCUGACAGUGAUGUGGCUAUACAGCAAACGUGCAGGCUAGUCAAUAAAGUGAGAAUUCGAAGUUAAUUUUAAAUUUAAGGUCAAAGUACCCAGUUAUGCUUUCAGCUUAGCUACUCUUAGAAAUCAGAAAUGCCAGGGAUUGACCAGUGAAUUUUAAAUUCCUGAUAUUCCUGAUAAUUCAGGGCUUAGUAAACAGCACUAGUUGAUUCUCACAGCUAACAGAUGAUAAACAUUUUAAGUUUUUAUUUUUUUCUCCACUGGAACAAAUAUUAAUAAUUCCCAGCUCCUAGGGCACAUGGUGGCCAGUUUGAGAAUUUUUUCUGCAAUGCACAAUGUUUACAAUAUAAGCUUUAGGGUUUCUCUUUUCUGACACUUGGGCAAACUGUAAUCCUGCCAUUUACUGGGGAAACUCUGCAUUCUACCAUUCUAUCAGGCAUCCUUGGAUGUAUCCAUUUCUUCUUAGUAGAAUUCUUGCUUGCAGGUUCUCAAGGUAUGGGAUAUCUUCUCGCACAGCUGCCUGCAAACUCUGGUGUUAAAGUUUCCAUGUGUACAACCUGGCCGGAUUCAUGAGCAGGGCAACUUUCCUUUCCUGCUGGUUCCAAAGACUCCUCCCCAGCUGCUGGUAUCAUACUCCGAUUACAUUGGGAUGCUGAGGCUGGCCCAAGCAGACCCUAAAGAGGACACUUUAGUGACCCACGAUGCUCCUCUUUCUUCAGUGCUGUACAACAGCUUUUUCCAUCAG